GAUAUUCUAGGGACUUGAGCUAAAACUGCCUUACCCCUUUCUACAUGUACCAAUCCAACCAACAUGUCGCUGUCCAUGCAUCUCUGAAGGCGUCACUGGUGCUAUUUUUCCACGAAUUUUGCCCCUUUAGCCCAAAAAAUCUCACCCCAGCAGCGAUGUUACCGCGGCGACUUCUUCGGGAGGUGGACGUGAUGUUUCUAGCCCGGAUUCACCGCUCGCUGUCCUCUAAAUUCGGACAAACCCAUCAUAAUUUUCCACUACCCUCUAGGACGACCAGACCAAGACCCAAGUGCUUGACAUCUGAAGUUCACGUGUCUAGUACUAGAAGGACGAAAACUACCACAGUUCGCCACAGUUUCUCCAACCCGGUCGCGAACGUAGCCACAGCUAGCAGCGCCGUGUGCAAGCGACAGCUUUCCGCCGACAGCGACGACGAUAACAUGCCCUGGUUUUUGGAUCCGGAGAAACCUUUAGAAAUGGACCGUGCUGAACUUGACGUUCAAAAUAUCGAACAAGAGAAAUCAGAGGACACAAUACAGGACCAUGCGGACGUUACGAAAAUCAACCCAGUCUCAGAAAAGAAGAACAUCUUGAGUGGUCGGACACUACCGAGGAUUGACAAACUUACAAAGAAGCAACUCUUGGCAAGGAUUCAGAAGAAAGACAUUGUAUACGAUGAUGGUAAAUUAUAUUGA